AUGUCGUCCCCGUCGCUGCGCCCGCCGCCCCCGCGGCCGCACAAGAUGAAGAAGGACGAGUCGUUCCUUGGCAAGCUGGGCGGCACGCUGGCCCGGAGGAAGCGGGCCAAGGAGGUGAGCGACCUUCAAGAAGAAGGCAAAAAUGCCAUCAACUCACCGUUGUCUCCUGCCUUGGUGGAUAUUCACCCCGAAGACACCCUGCUAGAGGAGAAUGAGGAACGUACGAUGAUCAACCCCAGCUCCAAGGAAGACCCCAAGUUCAAGGAGCUAGUCAAGGUCCUCAUUGACUGGAUCAACGAUGUCCUGGCAGAGGAGAGGAUCAUCGUGAAACAGCUGGAUGAGGACCUGUAUGAUGGGCAGGUGCUGCAGAAACUUCUGGAGAAACUGGCGGACUGCAAGUUGAAUGUGGCCGAGGUGACCCAAUCAGAAAUUGGGCAGAAACAGAAGUUACACACAGUUCUGGAGACCGUGCACGACCUGCUACGGCCCCACGGAUGGCCACUCCGAUGGAACGUGGACUCAAUUCACGGGAAGAACCUGGUGGCUAUCAUCCAGCUCCUCGUCUCUCUGGCCAUGCACUUUCGGGCCCCAAUCCGGCUUCCGGAACAUGUCUCUGUGCAGGUGGUGGUUGUGAGGAAACGAGAAGGCCUCCUGCAUUCCAACCACAUCACAGAGGAGCUGACUUCAACCACAGAGAUGAUGAUGGGCCGGUUCGAGCGGGAUGCCUUCGACACCCUCUUUGACCAUGCCCCGGACAAGCUCAGUGUGGUGAAAAAGUCCCUCAUUACGUUUGUGAACAAGCACCUUAACAAGCUGAACUUGGAAGUGACCGAGCUAGAAAGUCAGUUUGCAGAUGGUGUCUACCUGGUUCUGCUCAUGGGCCUUCUGGAAGACUACUUCGUCCCACUCCACAACUUCUACCUGACUCCAGAGAGCUUUGACCAGAAGGUCCACAACGUGGUGUUCGCCUUUGAGUUGAUGCUGGAUGGGGGACUCAAGAAACCCAAGGCUCGUCCUGAAGAUGUGGUGAAUCUGGACCUCAAGUCUACCCUGAGGGUCCUCUACAACCUGUUCACCAAGUACAAGAACAUCGAGUGAAGACAGAG